GGAGCCGGGCCGGGCGUGAGGGCGGGCGAGAGGGCGGGCGGCGGAGGGUGUGAGCGGUGUCGGUGCGGAAUCAGGUUGAGAGGGAAUCACCUGAGAAAUGGCCACACACCUCAGAUCGGCUGGUAAGAAAUGUACCGUGAUCGGCGGGUCUGGAUUCUUAGGCCAGCACAUGGUGGAGCAGCUCCUGGAGAAGGGUUAUGCAGUCAACGUGUUUGAUAUUCAGAAGAGGUUUGACAAUGACAGAGUGCAGUUCUUCCUGGGAGACCUCUGUGACAAAGAGGCUUUGCUCCCAGCUCUACAAGGUGUGUCAGUGGCAUUUCACUGCGCGUCGCCAGCACCUUCAAGCGACAACAGAGAACUGUUUUAUAAGGUGAACUUUAUGGGAACCAAAGCUGUCAUUGAAGCCUGCAAAGAAGCUGGAGUGCAGAGGCUGGUGUUAACCAGCAGUGCCAGUGUCGUUUUUGAGGGCACAGACAUAAAAAACGGGUCAGAAGACCUCCCAUAUGCAAAAAACCCCAUCGACUAUUACACAGAGACGAAGAUCCUCCAGGAGAAGGAAGUGCUCAGCGCAAAUGACCCAGACAACAACUUCUUCACUACUGCUAUUCGUCCCCAUGGGAUAUUUGGUCCUAGAGACCCUCAGCUGGUUCCCAUCCUCAUUGAAGCAGCUAAGAGUGGCAAGAUGAAGUUCAUCAUUGGGGAUGGAAAGAACUUGGUAGAUUUCACCUACGUGGAAAAUGUGGUCCAUGGACACAUCCUGGCUGCAGAAAAUCUUCAGAAAGGCUCUACCCUGUGUGGGAAGGCAUUUCAUAUCACAAAUGAUGAACCAAUUCCUUUCUGGGCUUUCAUGUCCCGUAUCUUGACUGGCUUGAACUACGAUGCUCCCAAGUACCACAUUCCCUACUGGCUGGCGUAUUACCUGGCCCUGGUCCUGUCUCUGGUGCUGUGGCUGCUGAGCCCAUUGGUCUCCAUCAAGGCCACGUUCACCCCUAUGCGGGUGGCUUUAGCUGGAACCUUCCACUACUACAGCUGUGACCGGGCUAAAAGAGCCAUGGGCUACUCACCAGUGGUGAGCCUGGAUGAAGCAAUAGAGAGGACUCUGAAGAGCUACCCCCACCUACGCCGGGCCAAGGCCUGAGGAGCCCUGCAGGGAUUCUUUUCUAUUUGAUUUUCAUGAUUGCUUUGACAUCUUGACAUGAACAAUGAGCCAAAUCUCACUAAUUCUCUGGAACAGAGUCCAGAGAAGUCCCUCCUCCCUCUCGCUAUUAUCAAGAUGGCUUUGUCUGGGUUGAAAUGAAAGCUCCUGUAGGAGCUGUGCUAACAGUUCUUUUUGGUGUGACUCCUUGUUUCGAAACAGCUGCUGAACCCUGUGGACUAUGAAUAAACACCCUGCUGUGCCCUCUUCAAUCCCAGCCCAGCACAUCAGCAUUCCUCUCUCCACCCUUGUCCUCUGUUUUGUUGUUCUGGUGAUCACAGCCACCUCUUCUCAAUGAGAUACUUCUCACCUCUGAUUCCUCCAUGGUUGGCUUUUUCUUAUGCAAGAAAAAUGAAAGUGAGGCUGCCAAAAAGGAGUCCUGCCAUCAUCUCUUAAAUCACUAAAGCUGCUUUUGUUAUUCCCUCCAUGACUGGUGGGUGAUUUGACUUCUUACUAAGAUAUCAUGAGGAAACCUGAGAAAGGGCAUGCGAGGCUUGUCUUUGUAAGGAAGCAUUUACCUUUCUUUCUGCAGGAGCCUAUUUCUAUCCAAAAAGAACCCAAAUAAAUCAAGAAGAGAUCAAUUCCUAA